AUCCAUCUACUGAAUUCACCUUUUUCUCUCUUUACCCUCUCUAUAUAUACAAGCAAGAUCAAUCCAAAGGCAAAACUGAUAAAUAAAAAAACAAUUGCAACCCAAGAUUUUUGGUUGCUUUGCAAAUUCAUCUGUGGGUGGGAUAUUAUUAUCUGGGCAUGAGCUUGAGGUACGUGAGUAGAGUGGUGUACCAGGCAGGGAUGAGGGUUAUGCAGGGGGUCAAAGAGCAGGCUCCAAAGUGUGGUGGUUCAUCAUCUUCUUCUUCUUCAUCUUGCUCUUCAAAGCAGGCCUGGCGUUUCUCUUCAUCUAUUGAUUCGGGUGCUGUCAAGGCUGCCAACAGUGACAAGGUUAAGCAAGCAGAGGAGUCUCUCAGGACUGUCAUGUACUUGAGCUGUUGGGGUCCUAACUGAUCAGCGGUGUCGUUUUACUCUUUAAUCUAAACCAAAGCAAGCAGCUACAAACGAGAUUGAUCAAAUUUCAGAGGUGUCUUGCUUUUAGCUCUUCAGCUUAUUGCUUUUUGGUGUAAAUUUUGAUGGGACGUGUGUAAAUUUCUUUUGUGCAGUUUGUAUACAUGUAUAUUAUUUACCUUACCCCUUUCUAUCAAAUUUCAAGACAAUAUCCUUACACCCGAAUUCGAUCUCUUUCUUUCCAAUAGCUUGUAUCUCAAUGUAUGUGAGCAAAACUACCCUAUUUAUUACACAAAAUGAAUGAAAAUUGAAAAGUUAAGGACAUUGGGAAAACUCAAAAUCCACUGGUAUGAUAAAUAAUUGAUGGCUAUGAUGACUUGGAUUAAAACAUGGAUGAAUUCAGUGGUCAUGGAUCAAAAUUCCAUGGGCUCAUUUUAGAAAGACGGAGUUCAAUUAUGUUCACUAUAGCCCAAGCCAAACCCAUUGGUCUUCAUGCCACAUGCUGCAAGCCCAAUCUAAUCUGCUAACUAACCACCUUCUCCGGUCUCCACCACAAAUAAAAAAUCUUUCAAAAUAAAAGCGAUAAGCUUCUGUUCCCCCGUUCUUCUUCUUGCUCUUGUCUUGCCACUACGAACACACGCAUUUACCUCGAGAAACAGAGCAAAACCCUUCACCUAAAAUCAGAUAACAUGUUCUCGCUCAAGCUUUGCAAUAGCCACCAUAACUCACCCUUCUUCUCAAACCCUCAUCAACUUCAACAAGCAGCAAAAACUCAAAGUGCCCAUUUUGCACCAUGCAAAAUACUGAGCCCCCAUAAAAGAAAACUUGGCGUGAGAGCAAGUAGCAGUGGACAAGGAGGAGAAGCAGCUGAGAAGAAAAGCAGCGAAAGACGACCUUUCCUAACCCUAGAAGAAGCUGGUCUAGUAGAAAUAUCUGGUCUCAGCACUCACGAGAGGUUCCUAUGUCGUUUAACGAUAUCGUCUUUGAAUCUGCUGAGAGUGAUAUCAGAGCAAGAAGGUUGCCCAAUUGAGGAGCUAAAUGCAGGCAAGGUAUGCGACUGGUUUGUGAAGGAUAAGCUGAAAAGAGAGCAGAACAUAGACUCUGCUGUCCUUCAAUGGGAUGAUUCUUCUGAGCUUCUCUAACUAAACAAGACUUUGUAAAAACGAUAUCCAGUUUUGAAUAAAACGCUUGCUCGGCUCAAUUGUCUUA